AUGCCCCGGCUGCUGUCACUAGGCCUCCUCGCUGGAUUUGUGCUCUGCACGUCGCUUCGCCUUGACUCGGAGCUCCCAGUGGUCCAACAUCGACAGCUACAGACGCUAAAAUCAACCUGCUCUGUGUACUCGACGGCGAACACGACGUCGAAGGAGUCCGUCUUGACGUAUGUGUGUCUGGCCGUACCGACCGCGGGUGCGAGCGACCACUUCAAGGUCUACUUGCUCCACCGCGAUACCAGCUAUCUUGCGUUCGAGCAAGGCGUGCCCUAUGCUUGCGAAAAUCUCGACUGCGAUCUUGACCGCGCCGGGACGGCAUAUGAAACACCGAUCCGGUGCCUCCAAUUGCAACGCCUCGGGCUUUUGGAUCGGGCAGACGCCGUCGCCAACGACACGUGCGCCCCCGGCUCCAACAUUGACACCGACACCAACAACAGCCCCGCGACCCGCGACAUCAAGCACGACGCGACUGGAUGCAUGGGCUAGCAACACUGUAUCCGUCGCACUCGUUCUAUGUGUUUCCUAUGGAGUAUAACGAGUAUCAAGGUCCACGCCUUCCAU